GAGAACGAUCCUGAAAUUUUACAGCGUAGACAAAAGCAGAUCGACUAUGGCAAAAAUACACCUGAGUACAACUCAUAUCUCACUCAAGUACCCAGAUCAGAAAGAACGAAAUUCCACCCGUUCACUCCUGAAAAGAACGCCAAAUACAGUAGAAGAUCGUGGGACAUGAUGAUCAGAAUUUGGAGGAAGCAGUUACACAUCUGGGACCCG